UCACGCGGGAGGCACGAGAUGGGGUUUUUAAGCAUAGCAGCUGAAGUGUGUCACAAGGAAUGAGAGUCAGAUCACCGUGAAAAACUAGCCCUAUAGUACUAUAUAAACCUGUUUUUUUAGUUAUUUUGGGGGAUUAUUUUGAAAAAAGAGAGAGCACGAAGGGAAACUGAAGAAAAAGAGAGAAAAAGGAAAAAAUUUCGGGAAGAAAGUUUGAGAAAGGCAGAGAAAGAAAGAAGCGAGAAUCGGAUUGGCCUCUCACGACGAAGUUGAGAGAGAAGGUGUGAAGUAAGUCACUAAACGUUGUGCCUCUAUUUUCUUCUUCCUUGGAAUCCCUGUUCUCUGCAUUGGCUCAGGAUGACAUCUCCUGAGAUCCUUUCGUUCAUGGAGCUAGCCAUACACCAGGCGAGGUUAGCUUUGGAUGCUCUUGAAGUGCCUGUUGGAUGUGUAAUUGUUGAGGAUGCCAAGGUAAUAGCCUCAGGCAGGAACCGAACUACUGAGACACGAAAUGCUACAAGGCAUGCAGAAAUGGAAGCUAUAGACCUGCUUCUUGGGCAGUGGCAGAAAAAUGGACAUUCAAUGUCUGAAAUUGCUGAAAAAUUCUCAAACUGCAGUCUUUAUGUUACCUGUGAACCAUGCAUAAUGUGCGCAUCUGCUUUAUCAAUUUUAGGUAUAAAGGAAGUAUUUUAUGGCUGUUCAAAUGAUAAAUUUGGAGGGUGUGGAUCGAUACUGUCCUUGCAUUCAAGUAACACCACAACAGUCAAUAAUGAAGUUCCAUCAGGAAAGAAUUUCAAAUGUACUGGAGGUAUAAUGGCAUCAGAAGCUGUUCUUCUCUUUCGAACAUUCUAUGAGCAAGGAAAUCCCAAUGCUCCAAAGCCACACAGGCCUUUAGCACGUCAGACAUGAAGUGUAAUUCGUAUAUCAUCAGUAUCUGUUAUGAACUGAGAAUCUGUACUACCUUGGCAUAUUGAGCGGAUUCAAGCUGGUGUUGAAUGUCAUACAAGACCUUUCAAUUCAAAAAUCAACUUGAUGUGUAAUUUAAAACAAUUUCUAGAAAGACGAAUCACAUGUUGUCGUUCUAACUUAUUCAUACUGGAGGUUCAAACUAGUUGCAAAAUGGAAUUUAAUCUAUUCAUUUUUGUUAAAUAAUUUUUAGUUUCUGGAAGGUGCA